GGCCGAUUACUGGAAGUCUCAGCCAAAAAAAUUCUGUGAUUACUGCAAGUGCUGGAUAGCGGACAACAGGCCUAGCAUUGAGUUUCAUGAAAGAGGAAAGAAUCAUAAGGAAAAUGUCGCAAAAAGAAUUAGUGAGAUUAAAAAGAAAAGCUUGGAAAAAGCACAAGAAGAAGAAAACAUGUCAAAAGAAUUUGCAGCAAUGGAGGAAGCUGCAAUGAAAGCCUAUCAAGAGGAUUUGAAAAGGCUUGGAAUUAAGCCAGACGAUGUAGGUCAAAGUUCGACACAGAGUAAAACACAGAGUAACACAGUGGAAACGAAAGAGAAGAAGGAAAAGAAAGAGAAGAAGGAAAAGAAAGAGAAGAAAAAAAAGACAACUCAGGACACCUCAAUGCCAGCAAAAACUGAAGCAAAGGAGUGGGUGCAAGGAUUGUCUCCCGAAGGCUAUACCUAUUACUACAACACCAGAACAGGAGAAUCACAGUGGGAGAAACCUAAAGGAUUCCAAGGCAACUCUCAAAACUCAAAAACGGCAGCAGAGUGGGUAGAAGGUGUCAGCGAAGAGGGUCAUACCUAUUACUAUAACACACGAACAGGAGUAUCUACGUGGGAGAAACCGGCUGGUUUCAUUUCAUCUUCAAAUGAGAAGAGUCCACGUGACAAGUGUGCGGAAACAGAUUCUGAAUCAGACUCAGAAGACAGUGAAAAUGGAGGACAGAGUUCAGAAAGAAAUUUCAAGAGGAAAGGAGAUAAUGGUGAAGAAUCAGAGGAAGGGAAAAAAUCUCCCAGAGCUAAAAAGUUAAGUCCUUAUGGGAAGUGGCGAGAAGUUAAGCCAGCAGAAACUGUUGAUAAAGAGGAGAGUACAUCAGCUUCCCAAGAAGCAUCUAACAAGACCAACACUCAGGGAAAAUGGAGAGCAAUUCAGGAAGUAAAAGAAGAGGAAAAAGAAGAAGCAAAAGAAGAAGAAAAAGAAGAAGAGCCAUGUGACACAGUGGACCUGGAGCUUCCUAGUACAGAGAGUGACAAUCUAGCACCUCCGGUGCUGGAGAUUCCAGAAGAUGAACCAGUGAUUUUUAAGGAGAAGACAGUCACCUCCCUUGGAGACCUGACAGAAGGGGUGCCGACAUUUAAAAAGAGGAAAUUUGAAAAUGGAAAAUCUAGAAAUUUAAGGCAAAGACUAAGUGAUCAGUAA